UUUUUUGUGCUUCCUGUAUUGUUGCUUUAUUUAAUAUUUUGUUUUGAUCAUCCUCUCUUUCCUUUGAGGUCAUGUGCUGCCAUGGAGGCGCGCCCAUGAGCAGUGAUGCCUAGGACCUGGUGUUUCCAAUUUACCUUACUGGGAAGGUCCAUUGUUUGAGGAGGAGAGAUGUUUUUAUUUUUUGUUUGGUCCCAGCUUAUUUUUGUUUGUGUUAAAUUGUUAGUUGUAAUUCUGUGAAUAUUUGUUUAGGAAUAUUGUUUAGCACAAAUGUUUGUUCUUUUGUUUACCUGGAAAUGUAAUUGUUGUCUCCGCCCCUUAAUUAGUCCUGGCCAUGCUUUAAAAGCCAGGUGGUUUGAAUCAGAGGGGUGGCUCCCUCUUGUUUGGAAUGUUUGUCAUGUAAUGUGCAAAGAACGGAUAUAAAGAAAAGUUUAGAGCUCUAUAAUGGCUGGACUUGUCUGAUUUUGGAUCGCAAACCAACAUUGUGGUGUCAGGAGUGGGAUGCGACGCUGAUGUCCAGAUAGGAGCUAAUUAUGGGUCCAAAGCAGCAGACAAAAGGCCUCAAAGUGGCAGAAGCAGCUCCAGUGGAGGAUGCAGAGCAGGAUGGAGCUACAGGCCAGCCGACUUUGCAGUGCAGUGUUGAAACUGCGUCUGUGGACAUGAACAGUAUUUCUGCCAUGUUGGAAAGAUGUCUCCAGUUCCAGAGUGACUUUGUUGACAGAUGGGACAAAGAAGAGUGUAAGCAAGAAAGGAGAUGGCACCAGAUGCAGGAUGAAAUUAACAAUCUAAGAGAUGAUCUGGAGAAGCAGCAGAAAGCUGAAGCUCAAUCAGGCCCCUCUUCAGAAGCAGAUGGCAGGCCAGCUUCUUGGCAUCAAUCUAGAGGUGAGCCAGUACAAAGAGCAUGGACUCAAUCUGAUAUUCCAAAAUUUGAGGAGGGAGAUGACAUUGAACAAUACCUGACAACCUUUGAAAGGUUAGCAACGGCAUACCAGUGGCCCGAGAGGGACUGGGCAGUAAGGCUGGUACCUCAUCUUACCGGCAGGGCCCGAGCAGCAUAUGUGGCCAUGGCUGCAGAGGAUUCCUGUGAAUAUGUUGAAGUAAAAGCAGCAAUCUUGACAAAGUAUGAGAUUAAUGAAGAAGUUUACCGACAACGAUUUAGAGAACCGGAGGUUCGUGUGAAUGAAACCCCUCGAGAGUUCUACAACCGUCUGAAAGACCUUUACCUGAAGUGGAUGCAACCUCGGAGGAGAAGAAAGGAGGACAUUGGGGAGAUUCUCAUCCUGGAACAGUUCUACAGUUCUUUGUCACCGGAGCUGAGAGUUUGGGUCAAAGAGAGGAACCCAGCAUCGGCACAAGAAGCGGCAGAACUUGUUGAGAACUUCCUGGCUGCAAGGCGGGGACCAAAAACCUUCCGAUACAACCUGCAACAGAAGUCCGGCUUAAUGCAGGGUAAGUCUGUGGGGUUUGGUUUGGGUGGUGGUCCAGGUCAGAUGGCAGGUGUAGAGAAGCAAAGGGGGAAAAUAUUCUCAUCUAAGCCUAAGUCAGAAACAAAACCUAUUGUCUGCUAUUUCUGUGGUCAAGAGGGUCAUAUAAAACCAGAGUGCCCAUUGAGAAAAGCUAAAUCAGCAUAUUUUUGCACUGUACCAAGGCCAGUGUUUGCAGAAGACCAAUUUCAGGGUAAGAAACAAGUCAUGGAGGUGAAAGUAAAUGGAAAGCCAGCCAUUGCUCUUUUAGACACAGGAAGCGUACAGACCUUAGUCCACCCUGCUAUUCUGAAAACUCAAUGCUAUCUAGGGGGCCCAGGCCUUGAUAUUUCCUGUGUGCAUGGUGAUCAUAAAACUUACCCCACUGCUGCAGUCUAUUUAGAGGUGGCAAACCAAACUUAUCUAUUAAGUGUUGGUGUAGUGGAAGGUCUUACCUAUAAAGUCAUUUUGGGUCAGGAUAUUCCAGUUUUACCAGAACUGAUCCAGGCCUGUAAGCCAGUGUAUGUUGUAACCAGAUCACAAACACAAGCUAAACAGUUAGCUGGUGAUGAGGAUUCCGAGCCUAUACCUGAGGCUGUGGAGACAGGCCAACAAAUAAACUCUGAGCCUACUGAUGAGCCGAAUCCUCUGCAAGAACUGCCCUUCUUUAAUUUUAAUAUUCCGCCCGAGAGUGUGGUUAAGGUGAGGAAAAGCAAACAGCAAAGAAGGCUUCAUAAAAUGGCAGGCACAGUUAGGCAAACAUCAUUGGGAUUGCCAGAUCUUGAUAGGGACAUUGUGGGUUCACAAAUUGACUUCAAGAGAUUACAACAGUCUGAUGAAUCACUGAAGGGUCUUUUUGAUCAAGCAAUUCCUAUCACUGAUGGAGAAAUUGGUAAACAUCCUGAUGGGGGGAAUUAUAUCCUUAGAGAUGGGUUGCUUUACCUUCAUGGGGGGAAAACAGGAUCUGAGAAACUGGUGGUUCCACAAAGUCUAAGGGAACAAGUGCUAAAGUUGGGUCAUGGUGCUCCCUGGGCAGGACAUUUGGGUUUUAAAAAGACCUAUGACAGGAUUUAUGCCAGGUUUUAUUGGCCAGGUCUCUAUAAUCAAAUAAAAGAGUACUGCCAAUCAUGUUCAGUGUGUCAACUGUCAGGAGGAAAGAAUGUCCCAAAAUAUCCACUGCAGUCAUUACCUAUUAUUGAUGUUCCUUUCAGCAGAAUAGGUAUGGAUAUCGUGGGACCACUUGAACGGACCCAGGCAGGAAAUCGGUUUAUCCUGGUUGUAUGCGACUAUAGCACUCGCUAUCCAGAGGCUUUUCCCCUUAGAGAUAUAACAGCUAAACAGAUAGCACAUGCUUUACUCCAGUUGUUCUCUAGGGUGGGGAUUCCAUCAGAGGUACUUACUGACCAAGGUACUAACUUUUUGUCAAACAAUCUUAAGCAGGUCUACAGAUUGUUGGGCAUAAAGGGUAUUCGGACCACCCCCUACCACCCACAGACUGAUGGGCUGGUGGAGAGAUACAACAGGACAUUAAAGAGUAUGCUGAAGAAGUUUAUCUCUGUCAAUGGCAAAGACUGGGAUAAGUGGUUACCCUAUCUUCUGUUUGCUUAUCGUGAAGUUCCACAGGCGUCCACUGGCUUUUCGCCAUUUGAACUUCUUUAUGGCAGGCAGCUGAGGGGUCCUCUGGAUGUUCUUCAAGAGUCCUGGGUUGGCAAGAAGGAUCAGUCAACGAACGUCAUUAGCUACGUUUUAAAUAUGAGACAGAAGAUGGAGGAGACAACCAACCACGUCAGAAGGCACCUGGAGAAGGUUCAGCAGCAGCAACAGAUCUGGUAA